CCCAGGGGCGGGCCCGAGGAAGGAGUUUGGACCUUUCCGGCCACCACUGGCUUCAAUAUGGCUGCCCCCAGAGAAAGGCGAGGCUAACGUGAAAGCACAGACCCUGACUCGCUCGUCGCAUGGAUCGUAGCGCAGAGUUCAGAAGAUGGAAGGCGCAGUGUCUGAGCAAAGCGGACCUCAGCCGGAAAGGCAGUGUGGACGAGGAUGUGGUAGAGCUUGUGCAGCUCCUAAAUGGGCGAGAACAGUUUUUCACCACCAGUUCCUGCGCUGGCCGCAUCAUCCUCCUAGACCGGGGUAUAAAUGGUUCUGAGGUUCAGAAGCAAAACUGUUGCUGGCUACUGGUUACACACAAACCCUGUGUGAAAGAUGAUGUGAUUGUAGCCCUAAAGAAAGCGAAUGGCGAAGCCAUUUUGAAAUUUGAACCACUUGUUCUUCAUGUACAGUGUCGACAGUUGCAGGAUGCACAGAUUCUGCAUUCAGUGGCAAUAGAUUCUGGUUUCAGGAACUCCGGCAUAACAGUGGGAAAGAGAGGAAAGACUAUGUUGGCUGUCCGGAGCACACAUGGCUUAGAAGUUCCAUUAACCCAUAAAGGAAAACUGAUGGUGACAGAGGAAUAUAUCAACUUCCUGAUAAAGAUAGCAAAUCAAAAAAUGGAGGAAAACAAGAAGAGAAUUGAAAGGUUUUACAACUGCCUACAACAUGCUUUGGAAAAAGAAACUAUUUCUAUGAUCUCAUAUCCCAAAGAGAAAAUCAAAGAGAAAAAUAACUCAUCAUAUACUCACAAGAAAAAAAGAAACCCAGAAAAAGCAUGUGGCAAAUAUAUUACUGAAGAAAAUAAUAAAGAACUUGAAAAUGAUGAUCAUGAUGAUCCAGGAAUCAGUGUUACUAUCUUCCCUGAAGAUUACUGAGAUUUGGUUCUGAAGUGUCUUUGUAGAAUAAUGUUUCUAAUAGAUAUAUUAUAAAGCUGCUCUUUAUAGGAGUAUUUUAGUUUGUUGCGUGUAUCAGCCUUUCAGAAAAACAAGAUUUAAUUUUUCUCUAUUUUAGGGAAACCCUUAGCUUUUAAAAAUAGCUGUGUAUAAUAUCAGUAUUUGCUCUUAAAUACCAUCUUUUUUAGUCACACAGUCAUUGCAAAAAUAAAAUUAUGAUUUUUAAUGCUUCUCUCUCCUUAAGUUUCAGUUUCUACUUCUGUAAAACAAGAGAACUAUAAUACCCUUUCAAGAGAGCCUUAACAUUAGGAAUAUUAGAGUAAAAAUCAUAACAACA